ACCAGGGGGCGCCUGCUGGCGUCGAUGUCCACCAGGCGCCGGCGCGGGUGGAGUUCGCGGCGCCCGCCCGCGAGUCGCCGGCACAGACGCGCCCCUUCAUCAUCUGCGCCGGCGCGGCGGGGGCGCUGGCUGACGCGAUCGGUUCAGCGCGUCUUGGCGAUUUGGCAGACGAGCAGAUGCGUGAUCCCGCGAUCGGCGAAACGCCAGCUAAAGGAGCCGCGGGGGGCUUCGCGCUCAAGCCGGCUAACGUCAAUGCUGCUUUGGUGGCGCUGAUGGAAGCGCAGCAAGAGUCUUCCGGCAGCCACGCGGGCUCCGCCAGCGCCGCAGACCAGACCGCGCAGGCGAUCGCAACGGCGGCCAGGGCGGCCAAAGAGAAGGGCCCGAAGUGGAUCGGCUCUUCGGGGGGCGAGGACUCGCUCGUGAAUUUCCGCCCUGGGUUCUCGAAGACGCCGAACAUAGACUUCCUCUUCGGCGAAGGGCCCAUCGAUGACGAGGUCCGAGAAGCUCGGGGGGCGAAGCGGGCGCGCGCCAUGGAAGAGAGCGUUGGCUUCAGGGGCUUCGCCAACUUCCUCGGCCACUUGCGCGAUUGGGGCGCGAAGGUCAUCUCGGCGAAGGUCACGGCGCCCGCGCAGCACAUGGCUCGCGAGAUGCAGCUGGCGCGACUGUGCGGGGGCGCGGUGGUUCUCGAGUGGCGCGCCGCUACGCGCGAUUUGCUUCGCCGUCGGAAGCUGGCCCGAGCUCUCGAGCAGGGAGAAGGCGAUCAGCUCGACAUUCUGCUGCGCUGGCUGGAUCGCGAGAGCUCGGGGGGCGCCGAGCACGAGGGGCCCCGGCGCGCCGAGGGCGUCGGCCGGGCAAGCGGCGACAAACCCGCGACGGGCGGAGCCAGCCGCCCCGCCGGCGCGGGUCCGAAGGGCGGCAAAGGGCCCAGUCCCGGCACCGAGGGAGGCGGCAAGGGCGAGCCCAGGGGUGGCAAGACGGGCCCCCAGGGUUUCGCG